AUGGCUAAGUCAUCAACAACAGUGGCUAAAUCAACAACAGCGGCUACGUCAUCAAAAAAUAGAAGCUACAUCAAGAACAGAGGCUACAUCAACAACAACAGUGGCUACGUCAUUAAGAGCAGUGGCUACGUCAUCAAUAACAGAGGCUGCAUUAACAACAUCAGAGACUACAUCAACAAAAGUAAUAGCUACGUCAUUAACAGCAGUGGCUAUAUUAACGACAACAGAGACUACAUCAACAAGUCUAAAAACUUGGGUAGCUUGGAAGGAGAAAUGGACAAGGUUGUGAGCAGUCCUACUACAGUGUUUGCUCUUAUGUGGGAUAGCGAUGAAGAGUUUCUUGGAAAGUUUGGUCGUGGUGACCGAAACUUCCUGAGGUUCGGCCGCUCUGUGGAUCGUCAGAAGAGCUCUAUGUCUUUCGAAAACUGCGAUGAAGAGCCUAAAACCCAUGAUGUCACCUCCACCCCGUCCCCAACCCCAGUCCAGCCCAUGACCCGCACCAAGCAACAAGCUGCGACCCACAGCAUAGCUUCUUCGGAUUCAGAUAAGACAACAUCCCAUCGCAUGAAGAGAAAUGUUUCACGUGUCUAUGGCUACAUCACACUGCCAACCCACACCAGAGACAUCAACCCUGAAGAAGACGCCAUCAACGUUGCUUAUUCAGACGAGCCACAGGUCGUAGAUAAACGCGGCUAUAACAAAGGUUUUCUGCGCUUCGGCCGCGAUCGUAACUUUCUGAGAUUCGGCAAGAGGGAUGUUUCCGGCGAAUACCCAACCUACUCCUCCAUCUCCUCCUCAGAGUCCAGCGGAUCCCAGCUGGGGGAGAGGCCAGCCAGGGCGCACCAGAGAAAUUUUAUCCGCUUCGGCUGAACUAGAGAAAAUAAAAUCAGGGCCUUCAUCCUAACCCCGUACCUUUAUUUUCCCACUCCUGACCUUUAUCACCCCCCCCUCUCCUUCCCUGUUUUACCUAAUAGUAUAAGUUCCCUAUAUUUGUUACCAUAUCUGUUUAGAUAAAUAUUAUUUUUUCCCCGUUUCCUUCCAUAUAAAUUAAAAUCGUGUACAGAUAUUUGGGGGAAUUGCUUCAAAACUCAAUAAUUUGAAGUUCAGGAAAUUUGUAUGCAUAUACAAAUAUUAAUAAUACAUUCUGACAAGAUUAUAUAAGUCACGAUACUGUGGCUAGAACAAUAAUUAACAACUAACUCACAAUUUACAUGGACCUAAACAUCGCCCAACAUUUCCUCUCCAAAGUUUGUUAGUUGAAACAAACAUCGUAUAACUUACACGAGGCAUCAGACUGGCUAA